UUUGAGAUUUUAAAUAAUAUUUUUCAGCAGCGCUACUGUUAACUUUGUUUGUUCAUCCGCAUCUUCUUCAAUUCUUCUUUCAUUUCUCCUUGUGAAUAUCGCAACACACUCAAAAAGCAAUGAAAGCGUUACUAAAUCCAGAACCUAUUCUCUCUUCAACCAACUCAUUUUUCCUAUCCAAAACCCCAAACUCCACUCGCUUUUAUCCCCAUCCAUUUCCCAAACUCCUUCUCCAAGAUCGCCACCGUUGGAUUGGCCGGAGAAAGCUUUCAUUGGCGGCAAAAGCUCUUCUGGAUUCUGCCACCGUUGAGCAAUUCGGGAUUCCAGAAUUCGAUGUUCGGAACCCGACGUUGUCGUCUUCUUAUCGGAGGUCGACAUUAACUAAGCCUAAUCAAACGGUGUUGGAAGCUCAAACUAGGGUUUGUACUGGUCCGACGCAAACUCGACCGCUUGAUGAACAACAAGCCUUCAAGGUGUUUGAUACAAUUCUUAGAUCAGCUAGGGGAGAAAUUAAGGAUGAGGAACAAGUUUCUAAAGCCCAAAUGGGGGCAUUUUUUGCAGCGAUGACAAUUCGUGCGAAUGCCUUUCCUGAGGCGACACAAUGGAGUGAAGGGGAAAUGCGUGCAAUGAAGACGUUUUGGCCACUUCUAGUUAGAGUGCUUCCACCAGAUGUAGUAUUCGUGGCUGACCCUGAAGGAUUGAUGAUGGGGUUGGGAAGUUCAAUUGGACCGCAGUUUGUUGGCAAUGGCACUACUGAAAUGAGAUUGGUCGGUGCUCUUAGGGAGGUGUUAGCCGGUGGCCAUCUUGGAUUUGAGGAAGUCCAAGGUGUGUUGAAGGAAGUUCUUCCCUUCCAAGUGGGGGGCGAAAAGCCUCAUGGAGCAAGUGAGGCUUUGCUUGCGGCGUUUUUAAUUGGUCAACGCAUGAAUCGGGAAACUGAUCGUGAGUUAAAAGCAUAUUGCCUCGCAUUUGAUGAUGAACUUGGCCCCCCUCCUAUUGCUGAUGUCAAGUCGUUGACUCAUUACGGUGAACCUUACGAUGGCAAUACACGCUUCUUCAGGAGUACAUUAUUUGUUGCUGCAGUUAGAUCUUGCUAUGGAGAGUCUUGCUUGCUUCAUGGUGUAGAUUGGAUGCCACCUAAGGGAGGUAUAACUGAAGAGCAGAUGUUGAAGUUUAUGGGGGCAAAUAUAAGCUUAUCCCCAUUCAACGCCAAAAAACUUCUUGAGGAUGAUGAAGUUGGUUUUGCUUAUGUAAGUCAGCGUGAAGCUCGCCCGUCUCUAUACUCUUUAAUUGGGAUAAGGGAGCACAUAAAGAAGCGCCCUCCACUUGCAACAACUGAAAAGGUUCAGCAAUAUAUAAAGGCAAGUGGUAAGGAAGCUAUUGUUACUGGAUUUUAUCAUGGAGGUUAUGAAGAUUCAUUGUUAAUGCUCAUGAAAAGAAGGGGUGUACAUUCUGGUUUGGUAGUGAAGGGAGAAGAAGGAGCCCUCUCAAUGACUACAAGACUGCGAUCAGUUAGCACGACAAAGGGAAUUCCAGUGAAUUACUGUUCAGGGUUUCAUUCACUUGACAUUGCAUCCACAUCUGAACUUGGUGGAGUUACACGUGAAGGAUUUAGUCUUGAGGUCAAUGCGAAGGACUAUGGUUUCCAACCCACAGAUACACCAAGAACUGAUAGAUCCGUCUCAAAGAACAUUGAAUUAGGUUUAGCAGCUCUCAGUGGAGAAAAAGGACCAGCAUAUGAUCGAAUUGUAUUGAAUGCUGGAAUGGUGGAUCACUUGCUUGGUGCUGAAGGUGCAGAAGAUAUAUCUGUAGCGUUGGGUAGAGCCCGAGAAGCCAUUGACAGUGGUAAUGCAUUGAAACGGCUCCUAAACUAUAUCAAGCUCUCCCACAAAGUUAGUUAAAAUAGUUCCAUACAAACAUUGCAAAUAUAUUUUUACGGAGCAUGACACGAGGGAUUAAAGGGGAAAGGUAAAACCUCAGGUGCUGAGAAAAUUUUGGAGUGAGACUCAAUAGUUGAUUAAUUUUAUUAAUCAAUUUUGAGGUUUUAGUUACACCUUUGUAUAACAUUCUACAACAUGAUUUGUAAGUAAAAUACGACUUUUCAAUAUUUGAAAUUUUUGUGCA